AAACUGGGUAAAUCUUGAAUGAUGUUACUAUUCUCUCCGGAAGAGGAAAACUGAAAUGAGUUCAUCAACCAAAGGGCUUAUUUGUUGUACGCUGAGCCAGAUUGCUUCAAGUAUGAUGAGGUCUAAUGGGAUGAAAGUCGCAAGGACAUUCAAAUAUGAUUGGCUGGUCCUUAUGCUUCUUGUGGUCAUUGAGUACUCCCUCCAUUUCAUUCAUCCGUUUUAUUGCUUUGUCGGGAAGGGUAUGAUGACUAACCUCAUGUAUCCACUGAAGAGCGACACAGUGCCUUUCUGGGCUGUUCUGAUAUAUGCCCUUCUGUUGCCAAUGGUGAUAUUCGUGGUCAUGUAUCUUCGAAAGAGAGAUAUCUAUGAUCUUCAUCACGCUGUGCUAGGACUCUGGUAUUCUACUACAUUCACUGCAGUGAUAACAGAUGCCAUAAAACUUGCAGUUGGCUGGCCUCGGCCAGACUUCUUUUGGCGUUGUUUUCCAGAUGGGAAAGAUGUGUAUGAUCAAUGGGGAAAUGUCAUCUGUCAUGGUAAAAGAAAUGUCAUAGAUGACGGGCACAAGAGUUUUCCUAGCGGACACACUUCAUGGUCCUUUGCAGGUCUUGGUUUCUUAUCACUCUAUUUAGCUGGGAAAAUAAAAGCAUUUGAUCACAAAGGUCAUGUCGCAAAACUGUGCAUCGUCAUUUUCCCGCUUCUUGUUGCAUCUCUUGUUGGUGUUUCAAGACUAGAUGACCACAGGCAUCACCGGCAGGAUGUCAUUGUUGGAGGCCUCCUAGGGAUUACACUAGCAGUGUUGUGCUAUUUGCAGGUCUUUCCACCUCCAUAUCACGCUCAAGGUUGGAGGCCUUAUGCAGAGAAUGUUCCCACGAGGCAGGCCAUGGAGACUCAAAACGAGAGCCGUCUGGGUGAGAGGAGUAGCGCCAUUGGAUGCAUAUCACCUACUGCCAGUCGAUCACCGCUAGACAUGGAAUCAGGUGGAAGGUGAUUCUGUUCGGCUACAGGCAAUUUUUUUAUGUUUCGUGAGUGAAUGUAGCGUGCUCUGAAUGGACAUUUAAUAGCACAGUUGGACCUUUUCCACCCUUGAUCUCACGAUCGGGAUGUCAUUAGUUCUUUCUUCUUUACUGAUCCUACGUUGGAUCCAGUUUUUGUAGCUUCUACGGUCAUUUUGGCAAGCCUAUGGAGAAUGCAAAUGCGCAUAGACAGUGUUAUUGCUGAUU